UGCUUGAUGUUGAUGGAGAACUUUGAUCUCAAGAGCUAUGGCAAGCUUUUUGCACACUGGAGAGAGGACGCCAAAGCUGUGCUUCAAGGACAACAUGUGCCCAUUUUUAGACUGAAAAAGCGUAAGUUACCGGAAGUCAGUCAGGAGCCAGCAGUUGUUCAAGAUCUGCAUACUGCUGUGCAGUGGGUUGUCCAAAAUAAGGCGCUUUUCCAUGGACACGUAACCAUGCCAAAAUAUCUGUCCUUAAAUAAAGAGGGCCAGCAGAGGGUCUUAAGAGACAUGCUGGAGGAAGAAGACACUGAAGCAAAGGACUUCUUCUUCUUUGUUUUUCAGUGUGCGGAGGACAUGGAGCACUUUCUGAAGGCUUGUGUUGACGAGCAGGGACUAAGGGUCAAUGCUAUGUUUGACAUUUAAUGGACGGAGGAA